UUGCAGGGGAGGAGGAUGAAGGGUUUUCUGGAUCCAGAGUGGUGCUGGCCAGAUCCACUGCACACUUGGGAUUUUUGCUCCCAACCUGGCCAGGGCCCUGGGCAGCUUCCCCAGUGGCAUUUGUCAUACCCCACCCAGCCACGUGCAGAGCCACGAGCGGAGGCCACUUCCCUUCCCUGACCCCCUCCCCCCAGGAUGAGUGGACGCACAUCCUGCUCGGGCAGAGGGGCAGGACAGGGGCCGUGAGUAACGGUGGCCUGGGGUCAGAGCCAGGCUCAGCUGCAGAGGCUGCUGGUGGCUGUGGAGAGCUUGGGGCUGCCUUGGUCGCACCCACCGCCUGCCUGCCCACUGGUCAGCCUUCAGGGGCCCUGAGCAGCGCCUGGCCUCUUUCCUGUGGCCAGCCCAGAGCUGAAGCGCUGCGGCAUGGCGCGCGCCUGCCUCCAAGCCGUUAAGUACCUCAUGUUCGCCUUCAACCUGCUCUUCUGGCUGGGGGGCUGUGGCGUGCUGGGCGUCGGCAUCUGGCUGGCCGCCACCCAGGGGAGCUUCGCCACGCUGUCCUCCUCCUUCCCGUCCCUGUCGGCUGCCAACCUGCUCAUCAUCACCGGUGCCUUUGUCAUGGCCAUCGGCUUCGUGGGCUGCCUGGGCGCCAUCAAGGAGAACAAGUGCCUCCUGCUCGCUUUCUUCUUGCUGCUGCUGCUGGUGUUCCUGCUGGAGGCCACCAUUGCCAUCCUCUUCUUCGCCUACACAGACAAGAUUGACAGGUACGCCCAGCAAGACCUGAAGAAAGGCUUGCACCUGUACGGCACGCAGGGCAACGUGGGGCUCACCAACGCCUGGAGCAUCAUCCAGACUGACUUCCGCUGCUGUGGUGUCUCCAACUACACUGACUGGUUUGAGGUGUACAACGCCACGCGGGUGCCUGACUCCUGCUGCCUGGAGUUCAGCGAGAGCUGCGGGCUGCACGCACCUGGCACCUGGUGGAAGGCGCCGUGCUACGAGACGGUGAAGGUGUGGCUCCAGGAGAACCUGCUGGCUGUGGGCAUCUUUGGGCUGUGCACGGCACUGGUGCAGAUCCUAGGCCUGACCUUCGCCAUGACCAUGUACUGCCAGGUGGUCAAGGCAGACACCUACUGCGCAUAGGCUGCCCGCUUCUCUGCCAAAAGGACGCCCACAGGGAGAUGGCCGUGCCCACAGCUGCCUUUCCCACCACCAGCCUCGGUGCUCUGCCCCAUGCUGGGAGGAGGGAGGGAGGGACAGGUGCCCGGAGGCCCUGGAACCCUGUUUCUAGAAGGCCCUGGCUCAGGUGGCUUCAGGGCCUCCAAACUCCCCCCUGGGAGGGGUGGCCACGUGCUGGCUAUGGAACCCAGGGCAGGGGUGGGAGGGGUCUCCAGCACUUUUUAUAUUUACAUAUUCUCCAAAGCAGUGUUCACACGGGUGCCAGUCUGUGGCCCCCAGCCUCCCGGGAAGCGGGUUGGGGCUGCAGGAACAGGGGCUUGGCAUCCUGGAAGUGGCCCCACUGGUCCUGGUGCUCCAGGCAGGGCCAUGGACCCCUUACCUACAUUCCACAGUGGGCCCGUGGGGCUCCUGGUGCAUCCUAAUAAAGUGUGAGCUGCAGCCCUG